AUGUCUGAGGUUGUUGCCAAGAAAAGAACCUUCAAGAAGUUUGAAUUCCAAGGAAAAUCACUCGAAGAAAUCACUACAAUGCCAGAACCAGAAUUUGUUAAAAUGUUAGAUGCUAGAAUGAGAAGAUCAUAUAACAGAGCACCAAAAUUAAAACACGAAAGACUUGUCAAAAAACUUCUCAAAAUUAAGAAAGCCACUAAAGAAGGUGAAAAACCAAAACUUGUUAAAACUCAUUGUAGAGAUAAAAUUAUUCUUCCAAAUAUGAUCGGUUCAGUAAUUGGUGUUUACAAUGGUAAAUCUUUCACUACUGUUGAAAUUAAACCAGAAAUGAUUGGACAUUAUCUUGGAGAAUUCUCUAUUACUUACAAACCAGUUACCCAUGGAAGACCAGGUGUAGGAGCUACUCAUUCUUCUAAAUUCGUCCCAUUGAAAUAA